CUUGCAAUUGCACUGUGCAAUUUGAAGUAGAAAAAGAAUUACACAACCAAACAAAGUAUCUUCCUGCACGUGACAACAAUCGUGGCAUAAACCCUAAACCCUGUGAACGAAACGCUCUGUGCAAAAUCCAUGGCGAAAUCAUCAAAACGCAGCAGCACCGACCAGACGAAGAAGAGCAAGAAGAAGAAGAACAAGAAGUCAGGUCCCGAUGGUGUAGCUAUGAAAGUGAAGGCUCCGAAGGUGAACAACCCUUUCGAGUCGAUUUGGUCCCGAAGGAAAUUCGAUGUGCUGGGGCAGAAGCGCAAAGGCGAGACCCGACGCAUGGGCCUGGCCCGUUCCCUGGCCAUGGAGAAGAGGAAGAAGACGCUGCUGAAGGAGUAUGAGCAAAAUGCCAAGUCCUCAGUGUUCGUCGAUAAACGAAUUGGUGAGAAAGAUGAUUCGCUUGAUGAGUUUGGCAAGGCUAUUUUGAGAUCCCAGCGUGAACGUCAGCUGAACAUGAAGCUGAGCAAGAAAAGCAAGUAUCACUUGUCCGAUGGAGAAGAAGACUUUGAAGGACUUGAUGCUCUGGGAAGAGAUGAUUUUGAGGAUGAGAUGCUUCCUGACGAUGAUGGUGAUGAGGCUGGUGAAAUUGACAGAAAAUCAGAUUUGGUUCAGCAUCUUAAUGCUUAUAGUACACGGAUUCCGGGGGAAACUAGUGCAGUCGAUGGUGAGGAAAAUAAGCAUAAAAGCAAGAAGGAAGUGAUGGCGGAAAUUAUCGCAAAAAGUAAAUUUUAUAAGGCUCAAAAAGCAAAAGAUAAGGAAGAAAAUGAACACUUGGUGGAAGAUUUGGAUGGAGGUUUUCCUUUGGUUAAUUCUGAGAACUUAUUACCUCUUGCUGCUUCUCGGACAAUGGAUAGUCUUGUGCAGGAAAAACCUAGUGAUUUAGUCAAGCUUGCCAAUCAAAUGAGACUUGGAAAGCGUGCUCGCCCUUCAGAGAGGACAAAGACACCUGAAGAGAUUGCUCAGGAAGAAAGAGAGCAUUUAGAGCAAUUGGAGGAAGAGCGGCAGAAGAGGAUGAUUGCUGCCGAAGAUUCAAGUGAUGAAGACAAUGAAGAUUCAGAAAAUCCAUCUAAACAGAAACCAAGAUCUCUCUCUGGUGACGAUCUUGGUGAUUCCUUCUCUGUCAAUGAAGAAACUGUGACUAAGAAGGGUUGGAUUGAUGAGAUUCUUGAAAGAAAAGAUAAGGAAGAUUCUGCUAGUGAAGAUGGUGAUGGUGAAGAUUCUGAUGACCUGGAAAGCUCUGAAGAUGCUGAUGAAGGAUCAGAUGAGUAUCUUGAUGAACACGAGAAGGGUCUUUCUUUGAAAGAUUGGGAACAGAGUGAUGAUGAUGAUAUUGGUACAGAUUCAGAAGAUGAAAAUGAUAAUGAUGAGGACAUAGAAAGAGCUGCAGAAGAACUUGAUGGGAAAAAAGGAUUGGAUGCUGGGGUUCAUGUCAAGGCAAAGAGAAAUGAUUCUGUUGAAAGUGUGAAAAGAGAUAAUGAUUCUUUGGAUGGCAAGAAGAUAGAUGUUGGAGGAAAACAGUCAAAAGAGUUGGACAUUCCUUAUAUAAUUGAAGCUCCAAAGACCUUUGAAGAAUUAUGCUCAUUGGUGGAUAACUGUUCGAAUUCUGACACUAUCUUGGUCAUCAACCGGAUUCGGAAAAGCAAUCCAGUCACACUUGCGGCUGAAAAUCGAAAGAAAAUGCAAGUAUUUUAUGGAGUAUUAUUGCAGUAUUUUGCUGUUUUGGCAAGUAAGAAACCGUUGAAUGUUGAGUUGCUUAAUAUGCUGGUGAAACCUUUGAUAGAAAUGAGUAUUGAAAUCCCAUACUUUGCUGCAAUAUGUGCUCGUCACAGAAUAGAAAGGACUAGAAAGCAAUUUGUUGAGAGUAUCAAGAACUCAGAAAUCAGUGGUUGGCCUUCUUCAAAGACGUUGUUUCUCUUGCGUUUAUGGUCCAUGACAUUUCCAUGCUCUGACUUUAGGCAUCCAGUUAUGACCCCUGUGAUAUUAUUGAUGUGUGAAUAUCUGAUGCGUUGCCCAAUAGAAUCUGGUCGGGAUAUUGCCAUUGGCUCUUUCUUAUGCUCUAUGCUUCUCUCUGUAUUUAGGCAGUCUCGGAAGUUCUGUCCCGAAGCAAUAAUAUUUCUUCAAACUUUGCUGUUGGCAGCUACUGAAAGUAAAGAUAUUUCUCAUGAAGAUUCCGAGUUAUAUCAUCUUAUGGAACUGAAAGCUCUCAAGCCUCUGCUGCGCAUACAUGAGACAGUAAAUGAGAUUAGCCCACUGAAUUUCUUUAAGAUAAUAGACAUGCCGGAAGACUCUUCUUUCUUCACUUCUGUUAAUUUCAGGGCUAGUGUAUUAGUUGCUGCCGUUGAAACCCUACAAGGAUAUAUCAACAUCUAUGAAGGCUUAAGUUCAUUUCCUGAAAUAUUUUUACCAAUUUUGAGAUUGUUACUUGAGAUAGCAGAACAGAAAACUAUGCCAGAUGCUUUACGAGAUAAAAUUAAAGAUGUGGCUGAGCUCAUUAACUUGAAAGUGGAUGAACAUCACACUUUGAGGCGACCACUUCAAAUGCGGAAACAAAAGCCAGUACCAAUCAAAUUGCUGAAUCCUAAAUUUGAGGAAAACUAUGUCAAGGGUAGAGAUUAUGAUCCUGACCGCGAACGAGCUGAAAUGAGAAAAUUGAAGAGACAUUUGAAGCGUGAAGCUAAAGGGGCUGCUCGUGAAUUGCGUAAAGACAACUACUUCUUGCUUGAGGUGAAGGAAAAAGAGAGGUCUUUACUGGAAAAAGAAAGAGCAGAGAAGUAUGGAAGAGCCAAGGCUUUCCUUCAAGAGCAAGAACAUGCUUUUAAAUCUGGACAAUUAGGAAAAGGAAGGAAGAAAAAGAGAUAAAACUGACAGCCUUCCUGUUGCUUGCAUAUUAUUCCCCUACAUGUUAUGUUGAAAUAGGUGGGGCUUUACCUUCAUAUUAGACAGCUCAAGCAAUCGUUUUUGUUCAGUCUAGUUCGAAGUGGAGGAACGUACUUAUAAUUAGAGCGACUUAAAAGUAGACUUUCCUUUCCCCACUCACUAUUUUAGAGUAGAAGCAAACUUGUUUAAGACUUUUAGUCUUUUAGACUUUCCUUGUGAAUAGUAUUAUGCUCUUACUUUCCCGACUUAUUCUUCUGGAAGGGCAAGUAUUAUUUAUAUUUAAGCAUGGGGAUUGGGAGAAUUGUACGGAGAUGUAGCUUUUUCUAAAUUUCCUGUAAACAUUCACAACCACUCUGGUUGAACAAAGAUGUAACUUUGCAAAUGAAUUUGAAAUUUAAUAUUC